UAUUUUCGCAUUUUUCUAAAAACAUUUUUUUAAAACAAUAUUGAUUAUAAUUUUUCUUGCCGGCUAUCGGUUUUUGUCUAUUUAUCAGCUUUUUGAAAAGAUUAUAAUUAUUUAUACUAUAAUAUAACCUGACGUAAUUUAUGAAUUUGGCCCAAUGUCUUUUGUUACCGAUUCAAUCUGUCUCUAAAUAACUAAUUUUCUAUGUCCAAUCUACUAAAAUCAACUUAAUUGUUGUAGUUCAAAAGUGUUCCUUACUUAAUUCUCAUACCUCUCUCUCUCUCUCUCUCCUUUGCCUAACCAUUUCUUCAUCAUCUUCUUUCUGCAGAUUUCUCCGUUUUUCCUUGAAUAUGCCUUCAAAAAAUCUACAACAGGCAGUCCUCACAAACGAAUUCACAACCAACUUCAUUACGACCUGUAAGGACUGGCUCGACGUAAAUGGUCUUGCUAAAGGAAACUUGGAGAAGAAGAGAGAUGAUAAUGAAGAAGAAGAGCGUCUGAAAACCGAGUCUAAACUUCCGGGCCAUGACAUCCACGGUUUCGAUAACGAGAUCAAGUCAUUGCAACACUUCUUGUUGGAUCAGAAGGUUAGGAGGGAGUUCAAGAGUCUUGUGAUUGUCGGAGAAUAUGGUGUUGGGAAGACAGCAUUAUGCCAGAAGAUCUUCAAUGAUGAAGCUGUGAAGAGUGUUUAUGCUCCCAGGGUUUGGGUGUCUAUGGAAAACAAAGAAUCUAAGGAGGGACUUGAUGGGAAGAUAUGUGUGUUGAAGAAGAUCUUGAAGGGUCUUGGAGUUGAAGAGUUAAUCCUCGAAACUAUCAGUACUGAUGCCAAACAAGAAUUUAAGGACAAUGAGGAAGUUGCAAGCAAUCAGGAAGCUGGAGAAAUUGAUAGAGAGACGGAGAAAGAGAAGGAGCUCUCUGCUCUGCUCUAUGCACUUCACUUGAAUCUGAGGUGGAAGAAAUAUCUGAUUGUGUUUGAUGAUGUUCGGGAAAACGAUAACUGGGACGAAAAGCUUGAUGCGAAACUCAAGGAGGAUGAGAAAUGGGGAAAGUAUCUUUCAGAUGGAUUCCCUAAAGGGUCUGGUGGGAGAGUCAUAUACACGACCAGAGAUGAGAAUCUGGCGAAGAACCUUGUUGCUCAGAAACAUGAGAUCCAUCGUCUUUGGCCGCUGUCUGAUCAUCAGAGUGUCUGGAAGAUAUAUGAUGCAGUGGUUAAAGAUAAACAGAAAGAGUCACCAAGGAACGACAAGAAAUGUAUAGAUGAGCUGAUGAAUAAGUCUCGUGGUCUUCCUCUGGCUGCCAGACUGUUGGCUGAGCGUGAUCCCGUCUUUGUUGACGAUGAAGUUGGCCCUGUUGGUUCUACCCAUGGACAAACCGACUCAUCGAACCGCCAACCUGCAAACCAGGCCAGCUCCUGAGAAGUGGAUAACUUGACUCAGCCUCUUGGCUCAAGAUUGCUUAUUAUCAACCUUGCUUAUGCUUCUUUUAUUUCUUGUAUGUGUUUCUUGUUUGAUGUUGUCUGUUUGUUACACUGUUGUUAUCAAAUAAACCAGAAUCUCUGAGUAAUGUAUCUUGACCUUUCAAUUAGCAGAGAGACUAUUAAGAGAGCUUCUUUCCUUAGUACUCUUGCAUUUGCAGUUUAUCAGAGUUUCUUGCUCUUAGCCUCUCUUCACUUGUAGACCUUCUCAGUAAAUUAUAAUAUAUUUUCUUCUUCCUUCGU